AUGGGAAGCUUGUGUAUCGAACGAUUGGCUAAGGCCCGAAUGAGUGGGAAUACAGCCCCUAGCUCUUCUAAAGAUGAUCUGCACACUAGAUUCGUCACAUUCAAUGUCAAUGGUUUGCGUACGUUCUUCCAUUAUCAGCCCUUCUCUGAUAUGAAUCAAUCUCUCGAGAAGGUCUUCGCUUAUUUAGAUGCUGAUAUUAUCACCUUACAAGAGUUGAAGACAGAUCGUCACUCAAUAACCAGAUGGGGAAAGGUAGACGGCUUCUAUUCCUUUAUAUCUAUUCCUCAAACCAAGAGAGGUUACUCCGGAGUCGGUUGUUGGGUUAGAAUCUUGCCAAAAGAGCAUCCUCUAUCAGGAGCAUUGGAGGUAGUGAAGGCAGAGGAGGGUAUUACUGGCUUGCUCUCGGUUAAAACUAAUCGGACAACUGUGUGCUAUCGCGAUGACCCCAUAGGAAGUAUAGGCGGGUAUGAGUCGCUGGGAAUUGACGAAGAGGAUGACAAGGAAGGCCUGCAUCUGGAUUCAGAGGGCCGUUGUGUCAUGGUGGAAUUAGCAUGUAACGUCGUGGUGAUAAGCGUCUACUGCCCUGCAAAUUCUAGUCAUAGCGUUGAAGGCGCAUCUUUUAGAAUAAAAUACCUGAAAGUACUCUUCAAAAGGAUACGAAAUCUCUACAAGAUGGGCAAGCAAGUCGUUCUCAUGGGGGAUAUCAACGUCUGUAGAGACUUAAUAGAUCAUGCUGAGGCAUUGGAGCAGGCUUCCGUUAAAAUUAGCAAUAAUACUACUGGCGUCGAGAUAGAAUCCACUUUCCCCACAGAAUGCAAGCAAUUCAUUCUAAACCCGGACACUCCAUUUCGCCGAAUGCUAAACCAAAUGCUUGCAGACUCUAUUAUGGCCGAGUUUGCGAGAGACGGCAUAUUGUGGGAUUCUACAAGAGUGAUGCAAACUCGAAAGCGGUUAAAAAUGUACACCGUCUGGAAUACGUUGAAAAACUCAAGACCAGUGAACUAUGGCUCCAGAAUUGACUACGUUUUAUGUACAGAAUCGCUGAAAAAGCUCAUUACCUCCGCAGAUAUAUUGCCGGACGUCACAGGUUCCGAUCACUGUCCUGUCUACGCAGACUUCGACUUAAGAAGCUUGGCUAACAACCUGCCUCCCGCGAAUGGUAAAAUACCGAGGUUUGAAGCUCGGUAUAAAUUCGAACUAAUGCAUAGAAAUGUGCUAGAGAUGUUCGGCAAAAAUGGAACCAAUCGAGGAACAGCUUUGGGAGAAGAGUCAAAAUACAAGGUCCAUAAAAAGCCAGUGGUGUCCGCGAAGGCUAGCAAGUUAGUUCAAGUAGCCAAACUUCCAGAGGAGAGCCUUACUGCUGGCGACAGCGUAACAAUAGGCCAGACAGCAAUGGCGCGAAGCCUGCCCAAGAGAGAAUAUUCAAAGUUGCCAGUCAAGGAGAGUGGCGCGCCGCCUCUCUGUAAGCAUGGACUAGAAGCAAUACAGCGAACCUCGAGAACUCAGGCGAACCCAGGCAAGAAGUUCUGGAUCUGUAAACUGCCCAAAGGUCGGUCAGGCGACAAAGACUCAUCCUGCGGAUUCUUCCAAUGGGCGUAA